AUGACGACCAGCCUUUGUGAAUCCGAAUUGUUCACUUCCGCUCGUCUGGUAGCAGACAAUUACGUCUUGCCUCAAGAUGACCAAUACGGGAAUUACUAUCCCACGGAUCCCAGAAACCUCAGUCUCGAAUCCAAUUUUGGACCUAUGAUACCAGAUAACAUCGGAUACCUGCAGCCUACAUCGAAGAACACUCCGAUCGAAAUCAUGCGCGAGCGGUUCAACAGGGACGGCUACCUUUUCAUCAAGCACCUCCUUCCAAGGAACCAAGUCCUAGAAUGUAGAUGCAAGUACUUCUCCUACAUGGCGCCUUCUGGGCUGCUCAAAGAAGGGUCGGACCCAGUCGAUGGAACCUUUAGUGAAAAGGAUAGCCGCAAGUUCCUGCCACCAGGGAACCUCCGACCACUCUUCGGCCUCAAGAAUAAUUAUGAAUCGGAGAAGUAUCUGGACUUGAUGAUCAACGCGCACGAGGAACCGUUCUAUCUGCAUCUUUGUGGGAGCACAGAGCUGCGUGGGUUUAUUCAAAGGCUCACCGGAUGGGAAGACAUCACCAUGCUUCAACGGACUAUGCUUCGUGCCUUUGUUCCUGAUAGUGAGCUGACACCCGUUCACUUUGAUCAGAUGUAUCUUCGUGCAGGACCACCAACCAGCCUCACCGCGUGGGUCCCAAUCGGGGAUAUUUCGCUCAAGGGCAGCGGGUUGAUGUAUCUCGAGGGAUCUACGGAUAUUGGGCGGCAGACUGAGGCCGAGUUCACGCGCAAUGCAAUCAACCUAACGGAUGAGGAGCGUGUUUCGGCUUUCAAUAAGAAUAUGAGCGACGGGGGAUUCCUGAGUCGCGAUACCGUGGCAUAUGGAGAAUACGCUCAGCGUAAGUGGCUUAUUACGGAGUAUGAAGCCGGGGAUGUGAUCUUCCACGAUCCAUUCUUGGUGCAUGCCAGCUGCAAGAACAAGGACCCCGAAAGACGCAUCCGGUUGGCCACAGACCUGAGGUUUGUCGACUCCAAUAAGCCAUACGACAAGCGGUGGAUGAAGGUGUGGCGGCCUCUUGACGGUCUGUGA